AAAAAACAUCGUAAGUCGGGGACCGUCUGUAAAUUAAAGAGAGAAAGGAACACUCGCCUGUCUCAAGAGCCGUAUUACAAGCCGAACGGAGUGAACUGGCGACUUUUUUUUUCCGCAGCGCGUCUUUUCUAGUAUUUACGGUAAGGUGGACCGGCGGUGUCCGCGGCGGUCAGGUGAUCCAGCGACGAGUGAACGCGGACACGCCGACGGACAGGGGAAAAUGCGAGAUGGCACGCGCUCGCGGCACUUUGGCGAUUUAACGGGCUCGCGAACUGCUGCGAAAUCGCCGCGCGAAGAUGCCGCGCUGAUCCCGGCGGCGGGGCAAACGGCGCCUUCCUCUCCGACGCUUUCCUUCUCCUCCUCCUCCUCCUCCACCACCACCACCAGCAGCAGCAGCAGCAGCAGCAGGGCGCGACACCGUUGACGUUCGCGGGCGACGUUCAUGUCAUGGGUCUGUGCUACAGCCUGCGCCCGCGCCUCUUCUUCGGCGAGCCCAGCGCUCCCGCGUCCGACUGCGAGCAGCGCGCCGCCGCCGCCGGGGCCCUGUGCCGCGGGCGCGCCGCCGACGGAGCGCUCGUGCGGAACGGGGGCGGCGGGGCGGCGGAGCGCGCGCGGGGCGGAAGCGCGCGGAAGCAGAAGCGCGCGGAGGACAAGGAGGCGCAGAAGGAAGCGAAGCGAGUCAGUAGAAGCAUCGAGCGCGCGCUGAAGGAGCACCGGCGCGAGUACGAGCAGACGCACCGGCUGCUGCUGCUGGGGGCCGGAGAGUCCGGGAAGAGCACGAUCGUGAAGCAGAUGAGGAUCCUGCACGUGAACGGCUUCAACGCAGAAGAGAAGAAGCAGAAAAUCCAGGACAUCCGGAGAAACGUGAAGGAUGCCAUAGUUACUAUAGUGUCGGCCAUGAGCGCUUUGAUUCCCCCGGUGGCGCUGGCCAACCCCGAGAACCAGUGGAGAGUGGAGUACGUGCGGAGCGUAGCGCCCCUCUCCGACUUCGACUACACGCAGGAGUUUUUCGACCAUGCCAAGGCCCUAUGGGAUGACGACGGGGUCAAGGCGUGUUUCGAGCGCUCCAACGAGUACCAGCUCAUCGACUGCGCGCAGUACUUUCUGGACAGGAUCGACUCAGUGAGACAGACGGACUACACACCAACAGACCAGGACCUGUUGCGCUGCAGAGUCUUGACUUCAGGGAUCUUUGAAACCAAAUUCCAAGUGGACAAAGUGAACUUCCACAUGUUCGAUGUGGGCGGUCAGAGAGACGAACGAAGGAAAUGGAUUCAGUGCUUUAACGACGUGACGGCUAUUAUCUUUGUCGUUGCGAGCAGCAGCUACAACAUGGUAAUAAGGGAAGACAACAGCACAAACCGGCUGCGGGAGGCGCUGGACCUCUUCCGGAGCAUCUGGAACAACAGGUGGUUGCGGACCAUCUCGGUCAUCUUGUUCCUCAACAAGCAGGACAUGCUGGCGGAGAAAGUGUUAGCCGGGAAGUCCAAAAUCGAGGAGUACUUUCCCGAAUACGCCCGAUACGCCGUGCCCAGUGAAGCAAGUCCUGAGCCCGGCGAAGACCCAAGAGUCACGAGAGCCAAAUUCUUCAUCCGAGAUGAAUUUCUUAGGAUCAGCACAGCGAGCGGCGACCGCAGACACUACUGCUACCCGCAUUUCACCUGCGCUGUGGACACAGAGAACAUCCGGCGCGUCUUCAACGACUGCCGGGACAUCAUCCAGAGGAUGCACCUGCGCCAAUACGAGCUCUUGUGACGGCGGGCGGCCCCCCCCCCCCCACCCCACCGACGACGUCGUCCGCGCUGGGCGACGGGCUGCCGCAGGGUGUCCGAACGCCGCUGGGGUCGGGAACCGACGUGCGGGACGGUGACGUUCGUUCCUCCUCGGAACACCUUCCUCUGUGUCGUUCCAUGAGCUUAUCGCCCCCUUCGUUUAGCUUUCUUCGUUUUGGCCCGUGGGGCUGGACAGCCUCCUGUGGCCAGUGUCGGGUGGGGGGGGGUGGAGAAGGACCGUGCGCCACCCUCCUCGAUAAGUGCUGAGAAAGCACGUGCGCCAUGUAGCACCUCUAGGAACGCCAUCGCGCUUGUCGGAGGUCCCAGUCACACAUCCUCCGCUGACCUCCUUCCCCACUCCCACACCCCCCCCCCCCCCAAAGGGGACCGAGGCCGCUGACCGUGCGCCGAUCAACUGCUGCUUUCUGACAGUAUACCCAGGAAAAACGACGACCACGGUCACUCUGCCGUGUCCACAGGCGGUCCUUUCUGCUCAGAUGAUACACAAACCAAUGUAUGUAUUUAUGAAAGUAUGUAUGUAUGUAUAUAUAAAAUAGGUAUAUACAUACACAUUUGCGCCUAUGUAAUAUAUUUUUCUUUUAUCUUGUACAGGCUGCAAGGUUUAUUAUAUUGUAUAGACUGACAAAUGUAAUAUUUUGUACGACUAUUGAAGAAACUCCUCGUUGAAGAUCUCUGUGCCUUUUAUUAUGGCUGUAUUUGUACAGUGAGCUCACAUGUAAGUAUGUUCCGAUUGCGCCGUACGGCUUGAGAGCAGCUCCAUCUGCGGCAAACGCUGCUGUGGGUUGGGAUUCUUAGUCACUUUCUGGUUUAUAAAAAGGAAUUGCUUUUUAGUUAAAGAAAAAUGGGAGGGGGGAGAAAAAAAAAAUACAAAACUGCAUAUAUUAUGCAAAUGAACCACUUACCUGCAGCAACACACCUGCAUUUUCCCCAAAUUAAUUUCAUGUUUUUGAGCUUUAAACACUGAAAAUCCAUUAGAUUGGAAAGAUUCCCAGUCUGGUGUGGUUUUAAUACCAGGACAAUUUUUUUUUUUUUGUUAUGUGAAGUGUGCCCCAAAAUGUUUGGGUAUAUGUGUGAGG